AUGCUUUCCUCAAAUGAAAUAUUGAAUGAAUAUGUUACAUGCUCAAAGGGAAUUACAUAUGCAGUUUAUUCUAACAAUUUAAUUCGAAAAGAUAAAACAUUAAAUAAUGAAACCGCAUUAAAUGAAAAUAAUAACCAGGCCAAUAAUCAAAAGACUAUUGUACUCCUUUUACAUGGAUUAAAUGGAGGAACGCAUCAAUUUGCAAAUAUAUUCAAAACAUUAAUUAAUCUUGACUAUCAAUUUAUAUCCAUAGACUUUUACGGCCAUGGGAAUAGCAACUUGUUUGUGAACCAAAACAAAUACACUGAAAAGCUAUACACGGAACAAAUUUACGAUGUUUUAAAAGCAAAAAGCCUCUUAAACGAAAAUUUUAUAGUUAUUGGGUUUUCUAUGGGAUGUAUUAUAGCUACACAUUUGUCUAAGGAUAAUAAAAUAAGCAUAGGCAAGUUUUGCCUUAUUAGUGCUGCUGGGAUGGCUAAACCGAGAUAUCGAUUUUUGGUUUUUUUAUUAAAAUAUAAUAUACGACUUUGUCUAAAAUUAGCAAAACGCUAUAGUCGCUCGGUCGUUUCUGAGGAAAUAGUUAAACACGAAAAAUUCAUGGAGACGUUUUUAAAGGUAUUGAUAGGAAUUAAAUUACAAAAUUCCAAGAAGUAUUAUUUUUCGUUGUUCAAAACAAAUGCAGAUGUCCUUUUCAUAUAUGGAAAAAAUGAUUCCUUAACAUCCUAUAUAUAUACCCAGAAAUUUUUAGAACAAAAAAAAGAAUAUUCAAAAAAUGUGAAAAUGAUAAUUAUACCAGAAUGUUGUCAUCUUGUUAUACAUGAAAAGUCCCAUGAAGUGGAUCACCAUCUUAUUUAUUUUUUGAAAUAA